AUGACCUAUCCGUCGCCAAAACGGCGGCGUAUAUCCCAAGCCUAUAAUAGCGACUACCUCUCAUUCUUAAGCGAUGAAAUUUUAUUGCAUAUCCUAUCUUAUCUACCCAUGCCCGCUUUGCUAAUAUGUCAAAGAGUGUCCCGUCGAUUCCACGCUUUAGCCGGAGACUCGGAGCUAUGGAAGCGACAAUAUUAUACUCGAUGGGUACGACCUCGAGCACGUCGCUUAGCGAGAAUGAGACGUGCCAUCUCAAGGCCUGAAUACUCGCCCAAAGUAUCUACAUGGCUCGACCACGGUCAUCUAGCGGGACAAGGCAGCAGCGCAAAUUGGAAAAAACAAUAUCGCCUUAGACACAACUGGUCCAAGGGGAUAUGCCGUGUAACCGCAGUUGAGUUACCUCAAUCUCUACAACCACCAAUUCUGGUACAAUUUUGUGCCGGGCUUGUGUUUAUAGCAGAUUCCGAUCAUGGGCUUAGGGUUUGGCACGCGGACAAUACAAACUCUUGCUUAGCAAGUAUGCCUUUUACAAACGUCAAAACACAAGCACCUAUAGUACCCACGUCAUUAAAAGCAACUUAUUGUCCACAGCAAUAUGUGACCAGAGUUGCUGUCGGAUUUAAAAGCGGUUGUUUUAGUGUGUAUAACAUGGACAUUAGAACCUUACGAUUGGAGUUGGGAUUCACUUACACUAGUUCCACUGAUCGGGCAAUAACAGGGAUGGCUCUGUCAUUCCCUUAUAUUUUAACAGUGUCCCAAUGCAAUGUGCUAUCGUUAUUUAGUAUUCAAGCUGUCAAUGAGAACGUGGGCCACAGUCCCGUCGAAUUGAUAGAGAAGCCCUACCUCCUUGCAACACUCAAAGCCGAGAGCAUAUUGGCGCCCAUGUCAUUGUCUGUGCGUGUCGCAGGCUCGGAAAUCAUAUCUUCUAUAGUAUACAGCUUUUACCACAUUGGCUGUGGUUGGUCAAUAGGUUUACAAGAACUACAUUUCAACAAAAGUGGCCAGCAGAUCAACUCACGGCUCACAACCACGGUGGAUUGUCAAUAUGGUGUGACAGCGUUACGUCCAUCUAGCCGGGUACCAGAAGAGCCACAGUCUUUACUGAGCAGUGACCUGUACGGGUGGCCUACUGAACCAUCGAUCUUACAUCGAGAACCUCCAACUUCGAUCUCCUAUUCGCACCCAUACCUCUUGACUUCUCACGCAGACAACACGUUGACUGUGUACCUCGUUGUUUCUACAACAACAAGUCUUUAUGUCAAAGGCGGCCAGAGACUCUGGGGCCACACCACAUCAGUUGCAGCCGCGCAAGUAGGUGAUCAUGGUAAAGCAGUAUCUGUUAGCUCACGUGGUGAUGAAAUUCGAAUAUGGGAACUCGAGCCUUUGAUCUCUUAUUUUGGGACGCAGAGAAUGUUAGAGGAAAAGAGCAUACAAGUUAGCCCUGAGAACAAGCAAUGUCAGAAGUAUGACAACUUCGGCGUAUUGUCAGGAGUCUCUCGCUGCGAAGUCAAUGAUGAUCAAUCUUCUUCUCUGGAAAGAUCUUACGAAUUGGACCGGAUACGAGGUUGCGUUGGGUUCGAUGAUGAGCGUGUGCUUCUGCUUCGGGAACGGAAUAUCGGAAACCAGCUACUAGAAUUAUAUGACUUCACAUGA